AUGGCAGGUAAAAACUCUCGGGGGCGGUCGGUGGGCGGAAAGAAGAAGGUUCAAUCCCCGUCGGGACGAACCUUUUCCAAGAGCCCGAAAAAGACCGGAGGCAAGAAGGAGGUUCAAUCCCCGCCGGGACGAACCUUUUCCAAGAGCCCGAAAAAGACCACCAAGGAGCCCAACACAAGGAACAUUGGGCCCUCAAAGACCGAGGAGAAGUCGCAGAUGCCGCAGUUCGACCAACUGGCGGCACAAUACGCAACAGCGGCGGUGCUCGACAAGGCAAUUGCCGAGCACACAGAGUUGGCGGGGCGCUUGAUGGAGCGCCAUGCGUCAAUUCUGCAGCGCCAUUACGCCUGGGCGAACCCAGUUCACCAGGCGUAUUUUUAUUGCACGGCGGUGGACGUCACCGGGGCGGCUUGCACGUUUGCAAGUGACGCCGAAGAGGACGUCCAGAAACACAUACGCGAACGCCACCCCGGGUCCGGGGCCGUUCCACGGCGUUUUGGCCUCUCGCGGUACACGGGAGGCAUGGCGAACAUCGGGCCAUCCUGCUCGGUAACCGCGGUCGUCGCCGCGCUCGCCACCGUCACUGGGGGAUAUCAACAGAACGAUAUCCUCCGAAAAGCCUUCCGGACGUCUUCCGCCGAAGACUCCAGGGCUUUCCUCCAGGCCUUGAACCUUAGGCUACCAAACUCCCCGGCAGCUGUCCUGGGAGCACUUGCCGCACGUGACGCGGCGACGGACGCCUUUUUCGGAGCGACAGAAUGUCACGAUACAUUCUGUAAAACAUGCGGAACCACGAUCGAGGGACCGCGGGUGAAGAGCUCAGGGGUCCUCACUUACACGGCCCCGCCGGGCUCGCCACAGGGAGGCACAGCCAAGGCCUUAGAGAACGCAUUUGGACCAGAGGCGACGGACGCAGUGCAAUACUGCAGCGUCUGCGGCUGCGAUGCACAGCCGUGCGUCAAUAUGGUGCACUACCUCUUCCACAACGCCGUAGCGGUGACCGUUGUCCCGCCACCGACACAGCCAAACAACCGAGGGCUCCCGGAGAUACCGCUGGAGGUCGGGUUUGCCACCCGGCCGCUGGCGGCGACGCCCUUCAUCCUCCACGCCGCACUGUGUGUAACCACGCCGACGCACCUGGUCGCAUACGUCGCCGAGCGGGUGGAGGAAACCACGUACUGGCAUUUGUAUGACGGAACCGUUCAUACAAAAGGAGUCAAGGCUCCGGACGCAGCAAAGGUUCGCAUGCUGCUCUACCUGCCAGUUCCGAUCCGCCACGACGUCGGAGAGGGGGACAACGAAGACGAAGAGCACAGUAACGGUCGGCCGGCGGGCGCGCCGCCGCCGCCGCCGCCGCCGCCGCCACCGCCCACUAGCCUAGGGACGGAUGAGUAUGGUCACGAGUUGUUCGGGAUUGUUCUGCCGGAGGGAUCCGCAGACACAGUCCCAGACGACGAGGACGAGGCGGAGGAAGACCAACCCACCGCCCCAUCACCACACCCCCUCCCAAACCACCCCCUCACCAUCCCUGACACUCCCCCGGCCAGGAGGGCUGAAGAAGAUGGGGAGGACGGCACUAGCUCGGAUGACAUCGAGCUGGUGCAGCCGGAGGGGCAGUUUCUGCACGGAGACAACGUGCAUAUUGCCCCAGCAGAAGGGCUCAGCUGCCCGUUCUGCGCCCACCGCUGGACCUCGGCCGCACGCCGGGCCCAGCAGACGGACCACGCCAACCACACCCAUGGCCAAGAACGGUGUGGUGCCGAGGCCCUGAAGCGGGCAGGACUGGACCGCUGCCUCGUGUGCGGGCAGUUCGUCGUUGCGUCCCGGCGCGGACGCGCAGCACACCUCCCCAAGUGCGGACCGUACGAGACGCGUGCGGUUCGCAACAGCAAGCGGGCACGGCAAGACCCUGCCACGCCCGUGGAAGGGGAGGACGACGUCGCGGACACGCCGCCGACGGUGGCGCCACAGCAAAGGCGCCGCGAGCCACCCACCGAGGAGGACCUCGAGUGGGUGAAGACGUGCCCCCCCACCAUCCGCACCCUGCGCAAGCAGGAGUGGGGGGUUUGGUGUGAAGCCGUGGGCCAGACGCUCCUGGGCUACACGGCUGCGACGCAGCAGGAGCGCCACCGACGCCAGAUCGCCAUGACGACUCUGGUGCGCACUCGACUGGCCAAGCCACAGCCGGAGGGUGCCGAGGAGGCGCCGAGGAGCGGCACCGAGGGGGUUGCGGCUGGCGACGACCAACGCCAGCGCAACACGGAGGAGGAGCUGCCCACGACACGGCAGCUCACGCCGGAGGAGAAGCGCAACAAGCGCAUCCUCCACCAGAUUUCCCUCGGUGCACUGGGGAAGGCGGCACGGACGCUCUUCCACGCACAGCUGCCGCGCGCCCGCGCCAGCGACGUGGUGGAGCAGCUGCAGGAGCUGCACCCCCAGGAGGACCCAGCCGGCUACCCCAUGCCGCCGCAGGUCCCGUACAUGCACGGCCUCAAGCCCGAGAAGGUCUUGAGGGCAAUAGUGCAGCGUCUCGGUCGCGCGUCCGCACCGGGACUCGACGGGUGGACGAGGGAGCUCCUCAUCCCCAUCGCCGAGGACGAAAACCUGCCGGUGGAGCUAACUACUUUAAUACAGGACAUCCUAAUCGGUAACGUGCAUGCCUCCUUCGCGACGCGCAUCCGAGCGUGUAUCCUGCACCCGUUCCGCAAGGACCUAACCUCCAAUAAGGUGCGGCCGAUAACACCCGAGUCCGCACUUCUAAAGAGGACGUCGCACAUCGCCCUGGACAGCGUCGAGAAACCGUUCCGCGAGACGUUCAAGGGGUGGCAGUACGGCGUGUGGGGCGACUCCACGGAGGCGGUAAAGCACAUCCGCGAGGCGUACGCGAGAGAGGGAAUCGACACCUUGGUCGCCCUCGACGCAACGAACGCCUAUAACUCCAUGGACCGCGACCACAUCCUUAAGACGGCGUAUAAGCAGCCGGAGCUGCGGGGCGCGUUCGGCGUAAUUAACAUGGCCCUCGGUGCGGCAGGAGAGCUGGCGCUGUACGAGAACGGCGUGAAGGUCCACUCCCUCAAAUCCACAAAGGGUGUACGCCAGGGCAUGGUGCUGGGCCCACUCCUGUUCGCGAAUGGGAUGACCGCGAAAGUGAAAAGGCUCAUGGUGAAGCACCACAAGGUGACGAUAGUAGCCUACUUGAGUGUCCUCUCCGUGAUGGACGAUAGCACAUCCUUGCCGAGCUUUUGGCAGAAGCAGACCACAGCUGCACAGUAA